AUGGUGGAUAUCUUUGAGAAUGAACCAUGGCUGAGAGCUCAUCCGCUGAAACUUCGGACAAGGCUCGUCGCGGAAGAAAGGAUCGAAUACGAUGCCUUGACGGAGAAAUACAAUGCAGGCUGCGGCCUCGAGUCGUUCCUGAGGGCUAAAGAUGUCCCGAAAAACGACGAUCUUAUCUACGACGAUGCACCUUUGUUCAGCAAAGCCGAGAUUGCGUGGGUAUUUGAUCACCCCGAGGGGCUGCAACCACAGGCAUGGAUCGGAGCCUGUGUCUUGCUUCCAGUGACCUGGCGGCUGGCCAAGACCAGGAAGAUACGGAAUCAAGUGAAAGAGCUGGACUGGGCCGAGACGAGUCUCAAGUCCAUGCUGCACAAGUACAGACAGAAAAAGUCAAAAGCGACAUCCUGUGACAGAGAGACGAAGGAAGACACGAUAUGUAAAAAGAAACACCGACGGCGCUUGAUAAUCGAUCAUUACGACACCAUGAUCCAAUUCGAACGGUUAUGGUAUUUGGUGAAGCGUCUCAACACCGAAAUGCUGAGGGCACAGGACCUGCCAGAGCGACUCUGCCGCAGGCUAGCUGGAAAUUGGGAUCCGCAUAAGGAUGACUUCUGGAGGCUAAGAAUGUUAUUGGAGCGGGAAAAGUCUGCUGAGUUGGCAAAGAAUAUACCACAGCGGAGGAGUGACCUUGGCUUAUGGUUUUGA